UUUAAAAUUAAAUCCGUUAUUAGUUUUAAUCUAAUAUAAUCUCACUAUUAAUUCAAAUUUAGGCCAUACUAUGCAUUCCUCGCCAAAACUGUUCAUUUUUAUCAUUCAAAUGAUGGCAUUAAUUGCGAUACAAUUAGAGACGGUUUUGGGAACCGCUUCGUCGUUAGACUCGGCAGAAAAGACAGAUAUAUCUCCUCUAAAGGCCUCCGAUAUUAAUAAUUACGAGAAAUCAAUGCUAACCAAAGAAGCGUUAGAUUCAGAUCUCAUGGACUCAUACGAUGAGGAAAAGAGGGCCCAAAAGUGGAAUAACCUCCAGGGCGGUUGGGGUAAGAGAGCGAACUGGAACAACAAAUUAUCGGCCGCUUGGGGCAAGAGGCCGGCCGGGGGUUCAGCCGCCGGUUGGAACAACUUAUCGGGAAUGUGGGGAAAGAGGGCGUGGAAUGAAUUGAACGGAAUGUGGGGUAAACGGGGCUGGAAUGACAUGUCCGGCGGAUGGGGCAAACGCAAUUCACCUCAUUGGAAUAAGUUGAGAGGAAUGUGGGGUAAACGGAGUGUCAGUGACUCCGAAGCCAACGACGGAUUUGCAGAGAAAUAGACGUUUCGAGUGAAGAGAAGACCGUUUAUUAUAUGAAAAGACUUUUAACUUAAAUCAUAUUUAUUGUACAAUUAGUUUAUUAUUAUUAUUAUUAAGAAAUGAAAUUUUCGGUUUAAUUAUUUCAUUAAUUUAAUCAUAAGUUAUAUUUCAUUACGUUUUUUGUUUAUUUGGAAAAACGCUUUCUGUUGUAAAACAAUGUUUUAAACUAAAAAGUUUUUAAAAAUUGUAUUUAAAUGUAUUUAAGAUGCCGUUUGUUAGAUGCUAUCACUAAUAUAUAUUAUUUAUUAUUAUUAUUACUAUUAUUGUCAUCAAAACUGAUUAAUUGAAAUAUAAGGCAUUGAGAAAAAGGUCCGCCGGUUUUGCAAUAAGUUAUAACAUAUUUAUUGGUCAACACUUAAUGCUCUGUGAAAACGUUAUUUCCAAUUAAUUUUAUCGAUUGUAUCACAUAUUUAGUAAAUGUCGUUAACAUUAUAUAUAUGUUUUGUAUAUUCAUUGACAGAGAAAAACAGAAAUUAAAUAUUAAUAUAUAAUUAUUUCAAUCGAUAAACACUUUUAAUAAAUACAGAAAUUAAUCCCAACUUUUAAACAAUUACUCGUUUUUAUGCCU